CCAGCUCGGGGACCCCACCCCGAAGAGUCGCUACCACCUCCCUGAGGGACUACACCUCCCAGCCGCUCCCAGCGCGCUCCCGGGCACCGCCCGUCCUGGCGUUAACCCUUUAGUGGCUGCAGUGGCGAUGAGCGGAAAGGACUGCGGGUUCCCGGGGAGGGGGCGUGCAGGAUCGGGGUGCGGAGGGUGCGCUGUAGGGCUAAGGAGAGGAUGGGCUUUGGGGCCCUGAAGAGGAGGGGAGUCAGGAUUAACCGAGGACAGGGUCGCAGUGGGGGCAUGGGGAGGAUGGGCCCUAGAGCGCCGCUCCUCCCCAGAACUAGGAUUUGGAGCCUCACGUUCUCCCGCAAAACGAGCCCUGUGGGUGCCAGGCCAGGGGCGGCGCCCAGGUGUGGAGGUGGCAAGGUACGGGCGUCUGCCUUCGCUAAGUGCCCCCUUCCACUUAAGGCACACCUUCGCCUCCGAUUCCGAACCGCCCGGGGAGACAGGCAAGUGGCAAAGCGGGGAGGGCGAAGGACUCUGCCGCCCUCCCUCAGGAUGCCUGAGGGCCCUGAGCUGCACCUGGCCAGCCAGUUUGUGAACGAGGCCUGCAGGGCGCUGGUGUUUGGCGGCUGCGUGGAGAAGUCCUCUGUCAGCCGCAACCCUGAAGUGCCCUUUGAGAGCAGUGCCUACCGCAUCUCAGCUUCAGCCCGCGGCAAGGAGCUGCGCCUGAUACUGAGCCCUCUGCCUGGGGCCCAGCCCCCACAGGAGCCGCUGGCCCUGGUCUUCCGCUUCGGCAUGUCCGGCUCUUUUCAGCUGGUGCCCCGCGAGGAGCUGCCACGCCAUGCGCACCUGCGCUUUUACACGGCCCCGCCUGGCCCCCGGCUCGCCCUGUGUUUCGUGGACAUCCGCCGGUUCGGCCGCUGGGACCUUGGGGGAAAGUGGCAGCCGGGCCGCGGGCCCUGUGUCUUGCAGGAGUACCAGCAGUUCAGGGUCUCGCUUUGUUGCCCAGGCUGGAGUACAGUGGCGCCAUCACAGCUCAUUGCAGCCUCAACCUCCAGGGCUCAGAUGGAGUCUCGCUCUGUGGCCCAGGCUGGAGUGCAAUGCUGCGAUCUCAACUCACUGCAACCUCCACCUCCCAGGGAGAAUGUGCUACGAAACCUAGCAGACAAGGCCUUUGACCGGCCCAUCUGCGAGGCCCUCCUGGACCAGAGGUUCUUCAAUGGCAUUGGCAACUAUCUGCGGGCAGAGAUCCUGUACCGGCUGAAGAUCCCCCCCUUUGAGAAGGCCCGCUCAGUCCUGGAGGCCCUGCAGCAGCGCAGGCCGAGCCCGGAGCUGACCCUGAGUCAGAAGAUCAGGACCAAGCUGCAGAAUCCGGACCUGCUGGAGCUAUGUCACUCAGUACCCAAGGAAGUGGUCCAGUUGGGGGGCAAAGGCUACGGGUCAGAGAGCGGGGAGGAGGACUUUGCCGCCUUUCGAGCCUGGCUGCGCUGCUAUGGCAUGCCAGGCAUGAGCUCCCUGCAGGACCGGCAUGGCCGUACCAUCUGGUUCCAGGGGGAUCCUGGACCCUUGGCACCCAAAGCCCCUCAGGGACCCGUGUCUCCUCCAUCCAGGACCCUUCGCCUCCAAGCAAGGCCCCUUCCAGGACAUGAAGGGCAAAGAGAGACCUUCCUAAGAGGACUGCAACCCAGCGGCCUGAGGGGACCAGCCUCCAGCAGGACCCAGAAGCUCCCACAGUGCCCAAGAAGGGGAGGAGGAAGGGGCGACAGGCAGCCUCUGGCCAUCGCAGACCCCGGAAGGUCAAGGCUGACACCCCAUCCUUGGAACCGGAGGAGACCUCAGCCUCUUAGCAGGAGGGUCUCCUUGCCUGCACUCACCCUUUAUUAUUGUCUUGCCCUGAAUCUGGGGGUCUGAAUUCUUGGGAGCAGGCAAUAUCUGAAGGUGCAAACAGGCCCUACAGCUGUUCCCUACACAACUCUCAUGUUUUUAAUUGUACCCCAUCUUCCACAUCUUUAAAGCUCAUGUGAAAAAUGCUGCAUUUUUAAUAAACUGAUAAAUUUGAA